AUGGACGUGGUAAAUCAGAUGGUGGCCCAGGGCCAGUUCAGGGUGCUUAAGGUUCCUCUUGGUUUCAUUAAGAUCUUACAAUGGUUCUUUGCCAUCUUUGCCUUCUCCACCUGCGGCAGUUAUUCUGGGAUGUUCCGGAUGGCCGUGGAGUGUAAGAACCGAACGGAAAGCAACCUGAGCAUCGAGGUGGAGUUUGAGUAUCCGUUCAGACUUCACCAGGUGCAGUUCUUUGCCCCGACCUGUAAGGGCGCAGCCGCGGAUCAGUUCUUCCUGGUCGGAGACUACUCUUCCUCUUCCGAAUUCUUUGUCACCAUCGGCGUAUUCACUUUCCUCUACUGCAUGGCCGCUCUCAGCAUCUACGUCUUCUUUUUCGAAAAGUACAAGGAGAACAACAAAGGCCCGCUGAUCGACCUGGGAGUGACCGCAGUGUUUGCCUUCAUGUGGCUGGUGAGCUCGGCGGCCUGGGCCAAAGGUCUGUCCGACGUGAAGACAGCGACGAACCCAGACAAAGUGCUGACUCUGAUCCCGGCCUGCGAGGAGGAGGGGAACAGCUGUCGUGAAAUGCAUGACCCGGUGAUGUCUGGACUCAACACCUCUGUGGCUUUUGGAUUCAUCAACCUGGUUCUGUGGGCCGGAAACCUCUGGUUCGUCUUCAAGGAGACGGGCAUCAUCGCUCCCUUCAUGCGGCCUCCUCCUCCUCAGGAGAAAGCUGCUGCACCAGAAGCCUACGGCCAGCAGGGGGCAUACGAAGCAGACCCAUACGCCAGCAACCAGGGAGGAUACCAGCCCGACUACAACCAGCAGGUACACAACCAAGAUGCAGAGUACGGUCAGGGCUACGUCCAGCAGGGGGCGCCCACCUCCUUCUCUAACCAGAUGUGA